AUGUGCUACCAAGUCGUCGAACGCUACUCUGUCUGCCGAUGCCUCUACCACAAGCACGCCAUCGACCCUUGUGCUGCUCAUGGACAACGCGGCCAUAUGGUACAGGAGAAGACAGUCCUUGUAGGCUACGCCUGCAGUCUACACAGUGGCCAUCGA